AUGGGCCUCGCCCCUACGGAAACUCAUACGCUGAACACGGUCUCCUAUUCACGUCAACGUCAAAGCAAAAUGCAGCCGCAACACACUCUACUCAUUACGGUGCUAGCAAUUUUCGUUCUCGCCGCCUUUAUUCCAUCUACUGUUGAGGCACAAGAGUACGGACCUAUUCUCAUGAACCGACGAGAUCUUCUCCCGUAUGGUGAAAUCGUCUCCGAACUCAAAGGAAAGACCAUGGGAGGUCGAAUGAGAUUUGGAAAACGAUCAGGAAACGCAUUGCAUUUUGUUCCUGCCGUCGUGCUGGAUGCCUAUGAACAUCAACAACAACAACAACAGCAGCUAUAG